AUGCAUCAAAAUGAAGUUAUUGCUCAGACAACUAUAUCUGAUCGUUUUCUUUCAGACACUAUUUUCAUUAUUUUAAUUGCAACUCUCACAAUUAUUAUUUUACUCUUUUGUUUGGGCCUCUUUUGUCUAUGUCGUCGUACAAAUAAACGUAAUAUAUCACCAUCAUUUGAUGAUGCUAGUUACAUAGGAUUAAAUGAACAUUCAUUAGAAAUACCUAUUGGUAAUUAUCAACAACAAAUAUCUAAAUAUGAAAAUGAUAUUUCUUAUAUGAAUGAUAUUCCAUCAUCAUCUAUACAAACAAAAUCAUUCAUCAAUCAUCCAUCAUUGAUAAAUAAUGAUAUAAUUUCUUUACAUAAUACAAUAAAACAAAAACCUAAAAUAAAUGAUAAAAAAUUAAAAAAGAAACGACUUGGUAAUUAUUCUUAUUGUUGUUAUUGUUGUAAAUCAAAACAAAAAUUUUCAUCAACAAAAAUGAAUGAACGAAAUCGAAUGAAAAGAAACGAAAUAUAA